AGCAAUUAUGUACACAUAAUCCCAGAGCACUCAUAACAGUAAACAUGUCUGCUUAUAAAUUAACAAUAUUUAUAUUAAUUUUUUACUUCAAUUUCGGAGACACAAAUAAAAUAAUUAUUAAUAAAUGUUGCCCUUUUGACCAAUAUGUCGGUUUCAAAAAACAUUGCAAGAAUGACACGGGGGUGUACAAUUUUACAAAUUACAAUUUUGGCGAUGUGGUUGUUUACGACAAGAAUAUUGAAGAGACUAAGAAGAAGGUGUUUGAAGUGUUCACGCUGGCGCCAUCGAAGUCGCGAAAUUUUAGUAUGAUUAGAGCUUUCGACAUGUCCAGGAAAUUCAAUAAUUACUUGCUGGAGGAUGGAACCGUCAUGCAGGAGCUACCAAACUCCUACAACAGAUUCAAGCCCAUCGCUAACAAUAAGUUCUGUAUCGACAUCGCGCUGCCGAACGGAAGAAAUAUUCACGAACCACAGUUCAGGAUAUGGACCAUCCCCACCCCGGUACCGGAAGAUGAAUUUGAGUCUAACAGCAUCUUCCUUGUAAGUGGAUUCCUCGUAUCCAGCGUGUUUCUGAUCCUUGUCCUCAUCGUGUACUGUCUGCUGCCGGAGCUUAGAAACUUGUGCGGAAAGAUCCUCAUGGCUUACGUGGCCUGUCUGCUUGCAACAUUUGUUUCGUUUGCGCUGCUGGAUUUAAUUAGUAUGGCUGAUGAGAAUACGGAAAUUAUCUGUCUUAUAUUUACAUUCCUGAUUCAUUACUUCUGCUUGGCAUGCUUUUGUUGGAUGAACAUCAUGUCUAUCGACAUCUGGUGGACAUUCAGAGGAUACGCCAAAGCUCGGCCCAUUCAUCGGCGAGGAGAGACGUUCAAGUUCCUGAUGUACUGCCUAUACGCCUUUGGCAUGCCUUUGGUCUUGACUAUCGGGAUGGGUGUCAUAGACAGAAUGGAUUUAAAGCAUAUACCCUGGUUCAUAAAGCCCGACAUUAAUGGAACAGGAUGCUUUUUAGAAGGCAGCGGCAAAUUCAUGUACCUAUACGUGCCAAUGUUAAUCAUCAUCGUCAUGAAUUGGACCCUGUUCCUCAUGACCUCGUUUAACAUCUGGCGCCUCAGCCGCGGCACAGCUGUGCUGGACUCGCCUGCUGCUGGAAACCCGUCUGCUCAUAGGACACACCGUCACAGAUUCAUGCUGUACCUGAAGCUCUCCGUGAUCAUGGGCGUCAGCUGGGUGCUAGAGGUCCUGAGUGCUCUGUCUCCAGAAUACCGCGCCUGGUACCUCAGCGACGCCUACAACCUGCUCAUGGGGUUCUUCAUCUUCCUCAUAUUCGUCUGCAAGAAGAAGAUUAUCAAGAAACUUGAGAAGAGACUGUGUACCACACGCACACAAUGGUCUCCGAUCUUCACCAAGAGUCGGUCCACGAGCGUUUCUUCAGAUUCUUCAGACAGCCAGGAUACGACUUCUCAGAUCUGUUCGAGCCCUUCUGGGGCUAGUUACUAUAAGGCGUAAAAUCGAACGGAUUUUAAGUUGAAACUGGGGACCUACCUGUCGCUCCAAUUACGCAAGAACGAUAUAGACUCAAAUUACAGAUUUUCGCUCGCUUUCGCGGUACUUAAGCCCCCAGCAAGGAUUCGUAUAAUAAGUACUUGGGUACUAUUUUCGGGAUCAUAAUUACUUUACAUAAUAUAUAUACUAGUAACCUCUCUCUACUAUAUUCGCGGGAUAAAUUACCUACUAUUGUAAAGGCGGCAUUAGGAUAAAAAAAAAUUAUAUACCUAUUAUUGAUUAACGAAGUGCGCGACAGGAAAACUAAAAAAGAUAUUCUAUGUCCCAAAAUUACAUAAUACAAAUAUUUGUAUAAAAUUAGGUAGGUAACUGUAAGUAUAAAGUAUAACCUAGGUAUAAUGAAAUGUGUUCACAAAAUCUAAGAGUAUUAAAAAUGCAUUUAUUUAAUUUAGAUAGUUACAUAUAUUCGUUAAAAAUAAUUUUAGGUACCUACCUAUAUAGUUAACUAUAAUACUGUCUCUAUACAGACAUUUUCGUUCCCUACAAAUAAUAGGUAACUAUCUAGGUAAAGACCUUUAUAUUACCCAACAUAAUGACAAAAGUACCUAAUUGCAAAUGUAUUCUCAAUAAUAAAUACCCUGUAUUACCAAACCCACUAUUGUAUUUACCAACAUAUGUAGGUUGGUCCUUCCAACCUACCUAAGUACCUAUCUAAGUAUUUAACGUAUUUUAAAGUAAUACAAAACCAAAGAGAGAUUUGGUACCAAUCAGGUACUUACACUUAGGUACUUAAGGUUUAGGUAAAAACAGUCUAAUACUUUUGUAAUGUACGAGUUAUUUUGUUGUUGAGUCAGGGGCGUAGCUAGAGGAUAUGGCGCCCAGGGCAGUCACCAAAUUUGCGCCCCCUGACGACUGAUAAAAGUUUCCCUGCUGCUGUCUUUAGCCCAAUUUGGCGCCC